UGAACUAUGAAAUGGGUUCGAGAUUUACACAAGGGCGUUGUGGUAGUUCGAUACUUGAUGAAUAUGGGUGACGAAGGAAGCAGUGCGCUCGGCAGUAAUGCUACACGUUUUGCAGUUCCACAAUUUGGUUGGAAAGUUAAAUUGGAUCACGUAUUUCCAGAGAGGCGAAAUCCACAUAUUAUACCGACGCUAAAACAAGUGGUAGCCCUCCUUCCUCUGACAUCGCGUUAUCUUUGGUAUGUCAUGAAGAUAUAUAGAGCUCAGAGGAAACCUCUUAUGGACUACCUGAAGAUGGUGACAGGAAGACAGAUAUAUGGAGUACCUUUGGGUGGCAUUGGCUGUGGAACAAUUGGUCGUGGCUUUAAGGGAGAAUUUUGUAGAUACCAACUUAAGCCAGGUGUUUACGAAUAUGCAUUAGUUCAUGCCAAUCAGUUCAUUAUUACUAUACAGUCUACAGACAAGAAGAUAUUGUACCAGAAGGUAUUGUCAUCAUGCCGGAAACCAAACGGAUGCUUGGGAACUUGGGACUGGGAAUUUGAAGGCAGUAAUGCUGAAUAUUGUGGCCUUUAUCCACGGGCAUGGACAGUUUUUGACAUACCGGAGCAGAAAAUACGUGUAAUUUGUAGACAGAUUUCACCAGUAAUCCCACACAAUUACAAGGAUAGUUCUUUACCAGGAGGGGUAUUUGUUUGGCUUAUAGAAAAUAAUAGUGGAGAAGACAAACAUGUUAGCAUCACUUUUACAUUCAAGAAUGGUGUUGGAACCAAAGAAGACAAAGCAGGAGGUUGCUGGAGUGAAGCAUUUCAGACUGACAGUGCUAAGGGUGUUUUAAUACACCACACUGUUGGUGGCAUGCCAUGCACUUAUGCCAUUUCAGCAAAGGCAGAGGAAGGUGUAAAUGUGAGUCAUAUGGUUCAGUUUGACCCUAAUGGAAAUGGGAAAGAAUUGUGGGAAGAUCUGCAACAGCAUUGUGAACUCACUUCUCUCUCUGACAGAAGUGAAGAAACAAAGAAAGGAAAACAAUUAGCUUCUGCAGUAUGUGCAAAGACCACAGUUCCAAAAUGUGAGUCCAGGGAAGUGGAAUUUGCCCUUGUCUGGGAUAUGCCAAAAAUACAUUUCCAUGGAAAGGCCAAGGAAUACUACAGGUACUACACAAAAUAUUUUGGCAAAGAAGGAAAUGCAGCACCUUCAAUGUGUUCAUACUUAUUUGAUAAUUAUAAAUGCUGGGAAAAUGAAAUUGAAGUAUGGCAGAAACCAGUCCUUUCAGAUUUAAAUCUGCCUGAUUGGUACAAAAGUGCAUUGUUUAAUGAACUAUAUUAUGUAUCAGAUGGAGGAUCUGUCUGGUUGGACAUGGAUUUUACAGACAGCAAGUACCCAAAAGAUCCUAGGAAAGAAUAUGGUCAGUUUGCAUAUUUGGAGGGACAUGAAUAUCGAAUGUAUAAUACCUAUGAUGUUCAUUUUUAUGCCUCAUUUGCACUGGCUAAAUUGUGGCCAAAACUGCAGGAGACUAUUCAGUACAACAUGCUGGAUGCUAUUGAAAAUGAGAUAGAUACAGUGCGCACUCACUUGUUUGAUGGACAUUCCAGUAAAAGAAAAGUAAAAGAUACAGUUCCACAUGAUAUUGGUGAUCCAGAGGAAGAACCAUUCUUAGCCAUAAAUUCGUAUCCCAUUCACGAUGUCUCGGAAUGGCGUGAUCUGAAUUUAAAAUUCGUUCUCCAGUGUUACCGUGACUACUGCUUUUUUGAUUCUUGUGACUAUCUUGAAGCUAUGUGGCCAAAAAUAAAAACAGUCAUGAAUAAGGCACUGACAUGGGAUGAAGAUAAUGAUGGCCUUAUUGAAAACAGUGGAUUUGCUGAUCAGACAUUUGAUGCCUGGAUCAUGAAGGGACCGAGUGCAUACUGUGGGAGCCUGUGGAUAGCAGCUUUGUAUUGCAGCAGUAGGAUGGCAGAGAUACUGAACCACCCUGAAGAAAGUAUCCAUUAUUCUGAAAUACUGGCUCGGGCAAAGGAGGCAUUUAAUUCGAAGCUAUGGAAUGGGGAAUAUUACAACUUUGACGCAUCCAAUAGCAGCCAGUCAAAGUCAAUUAUGGCUGAUCAGCUUUGUGGCCUUUGGUAUUUGAGAGCAUGCGGUGUAACAGAAGAGGUUUUUCCAGCUGAAAAUGUUAAGAGUGCUUUGAAUAAAAUCUUUACAUAUAAUGUCCUGAAAUUCAAAAAUGGGCAGCUUGGAGCUGUGAAUGGCAUGAUGCCUUCAGGACAGGUAGAUGCAAAAAGUAUUCAGAGUGAAGAAGUGUGGUGUGGUGUGGUCUAUGGAUUAGCUGCUCUUAUGAUUCAUGAGGAUAUGAUACAAGAGGCAUUUACUACUGCUAAAGGUAUAUACAAUACUGUGUAUAAUGUCAUCGGUUUGGGAUAUCAGACACCAGAGGCGCUGUAUGAAGAGAAGCACUACCGAUCUGUUGGCUACAUGAGGCCGCUGAGCAUAUGGGGUAUGCAGCACGCAUGGGAACAAAGAAAGAAUAAACUGACUUCAAAAUAUUGAGUUCUCUGCACGGGAAAGAAAAUAAUUUUGCUAACACUGUGCACCUUGAUGAAGUGACUAUAAACAGUAGCUAGUUAUGUGGCUUUACACAGUGUCUGUCUUUUCACUUUUCACAUUCAGAUAACUUUGACUUUUGAUACCAACCUACUGCCACAUCAAUUUCAUAUUUCUCUAUAGAAUAUGUUCGCUAAAUAUGAAUGUUCGCUAAAUAUGAAUGUUCAACAUAAAUAUUUAAAAAAUGUCUAUUAAUGUUCCAAAUACUCAACUAUUAAGCUAAAGAAACUGAUUCAGUGCGAUUCUUUGAAUGAAUGCAGAUUUGUUAAGAUAUUGUUAUACUUUGUGUUAUUGAGAAGUGCAGUUAAUGUACAUGUUUCUCAUAUAUCUUAAUUGUUAAAAAAUACCAUAUUUUUAUGAAACUAUGUGAAAAAAUAAAUUUUUAUUAUUUUUAUUAUUU